GAGGUCGCGGACGAGAGCGACGGCUGCGGGGCGAAGUUUAGCGUACUGAUAGUAUCUGACAAGUUUCAGGGGAAACCGUUGCUAGCCAGGCAUAGGUUAGUGAAUUCAGUAUUGCAAGAAGAAUUGAAGACGAUCCACGCAUUUACCCAAAAAACCCUGACCGUGGAACAGUGGAAAAAAUGAUCGCUUAAUGUAAUAAAUUAGCAUAGAUUUCUGGACUAGAAUGGAGGGUUGUGUUGUCAAAGUGUCGGCGCCUGGUAAGGUGAUAUUGCACGGCGAGCACUCUGUUGUCUAUGGGAAGACCGCCAUUGCUGUCAGUUUGGGGUUAAGGACAUCUGUGUCUAUAACGGAAAGAACUGGUACCGAUUUCAUUAUAAACCUACCAUCAGUCAAACUCAAACAGAAGAUAGCAUUAGCAACUCUCAUCGAUGGUUUACUUAACCAAACUGGCACACAAAAUCCUGAUUCAGUAGUCCAUGAGAUACAUUUGCAGAAAAUAGACGAAUUUAUCAACAAGUUCUUAGGGAAUAUUUCUGGAGACCAGCGGAAUGCUAUUCGCGGUUUCUUGUAUUUAACAUCGGGCAUUUUAGGCGGGUCGAAUUCUGGCCUUCUGGAUCAGGGUUUGGAGGUGGUGCUGGUUUCCGAGCUGACCAUUGGAGCUGGGACUGGUAGUUCUGCGUCGUUUGCUGCGUGUUUGGCUGGGGGGAUGAUACAGUUCGCGAGGGUUAAGAAGAGUUGUGGAGCAAAGGAGUUUGACGAGAGUGAUAGGAGAUUGAUAUCGAAAUGGGCGUUUAAUUGCGAGAAGAUUAUGCAUGGAUCUCCCUCGGGUAUUGACAAUACCACGUGUACUUUCGGAUCGCUUGUUGCGUUCCGGAAGGGCAUCGAACCGCAGAUCCUUGACUUGCGACUGAACCUCCGUAUCCUGCUCGUGGACACCAGGGUUAGCAGACAGACGCGAGCGCUCACGGCUCGAGUUGUCGCGCUACGGGAAUCGAACCCCCGUGCCGUCGAUUGCAUCAUGGAAGCUAUUGAUCAUGUAACCAUCAGUGCUAAGCAGAUAUUGGAGAAUCUGGGCUGUAGUGGACCUAAUGGUGACACCAGUUCGGAGUAUCAACGAUUGGAGGAACUGUGGAAUAUGAACCAUUGUCUGCUGGCAUCGUUGGGAGUGUCUCACCCAACCUUGGAGAGUAUCCGGGCCAGUGCGUGCGCGCACGGAUUGGCGUGCAAGCUAACGGGAGCUGGCGGGGGAGGGUAUGCUAUAGUGUUGGUGCCACCAUCAACAGCACAAUCUGCGGUAGACGCCUUAACCACUGAGCUGACUUCUAAAGGCUUUGCGGUGAAAGACACACAGCUUGGAGGUCCAGGGGUCAUCUUACAUUAGAAAAAGUACAUAAUAAUUUUUGCGGGUAGUUUGGGAUUUCAAACGACGGUAGUUUAUAAUUUUUUUAAGUACAACGCUUAAGUACAUAAUAAAUAUUUCUUAUUCAAUAUG